CAAAAACCCUUAUUGGCCCUUCAAACCGUUAUACGGUGUACUGUACAUACACCGUGUCCGCUGGGGUUACUCUUUUAGGGUUCCUACAUAAGUAUGGUGGUUAGGUACUGUACAGAGAGGCGGGGGGAAGUGAAAAGGACCGAGCGCAACUUGCUCUUUUCCCUCUCUCUCUCUCUCUCUCCAUCAUAUUGUUUCAUUUCGCAAGGGACGGACUCUUGCGAGUUGGUUUUUCCGGUAGGGCGAGAAAAUAAAGGGUGCAGUAUGUGCGUACGUGCAUGCGUGCAUUCUGCGCGCGUUUGUGUGUGUGUAUGUGUAUUUGGGUGGCUUUUUUUUUUCUUUGCUUUUUUUCUGGGGGGGAUGGCAGGCAGGCAGGCAGUCACCUGCUUAAGGGAUUGUUCUGUUCUGUUCUGUUCUGUUUUGCUUUUUUGUCUCCCGUUGAUUUGGCUUCAUGUUGCAACUCUUGAGGUCGUUUGACGAUUGUCUACUUCUAGCUAAAUGACUGACUUACUCUCCCUGCAGCUGGGUCUGGGGGAUCCAAUAGACAGGAAAAGUGUGUAUC